AUGUCUGAAUCGGUUCGGACGCAUCCCGUGAUUCUAACUACUAGAACAGCCUAUGCUAUCCCAUCCUCAAAAUAUAUGAUACCUACGUCAUGGGCGAGGUAUCACCUAUCGCAACUCAUUAAUAAAGUCCUUUCAUCAGCACAGCCUGUACCAUUCGACUUUCUAGUUAACGGAGAGCUAUUGGUAGGUUCGUUAGCGGAAUGGUGCAGCGAACACAAUGUGGGCGAGGAAGAAACGCUGGAGAUUGAAUAUAUUGAAUCGGUUCUGCCUCCAGAAGUGCUCUCGUCGCGGGAAACAGAUGAUUGGAUGACUUCAAUAUCAUGUCAACACAAAAACUUUUUCUUGACAUCCUCAUACGAUGGAUCUGUCCAAGUCCAUGAUAGUACCCAACAGCCAGUCGCUACUAUUCUAUCGCACGCCGCCCCGGUUACUUCCGCUUGCUGGGUGCCAGGCGAAUCAAGCCUAUCUCCGAGCGGAGAAAAAAUUAUCGCUAGCUCUUCCUUGGAUCACACUCUACACAUCAACCGCCUAUCAUCACUCAGCAACCCAUCAUGGGAUACACUCGCAUCUCUUCACCUACACACCGCCCCUGUUGCAAGCGUUUCCGCUAGCUCUGAUGGAAAAUACAUAAUCUCCGCCGGGUGGGAUGGAUUGGUUGGAGUUUGGUCGACUGUUAUACCUGACCAAGACGAGGUUCCUGAAGCGGAAGAGGUCAUAGGAAGAAAAAAGAGACGAAAAGUGCAAGACCAGCCCUCUAGCGCUGUCCGCAAAGGUCCAGCAGUCGUACUCAAAUCCCACAUGGCACGGGUUUCAAAAUCCAUAUUUGACCUGUUGAAUGAGAACGAGAAAGCAUACAGUUGCGGGUGGGAUAACACCGUCAGAUCAUGGGACGUCGAGAGUGGCGUGUGUCUUAACACAGUGACUCUACCGGACCGUGCUCAUCUGGAUCUCGCGAUAUCCCGAACCGGUGCAAUCUAUGUUGCGUCUGCGGAUCGAUCGAUUUCUGUGAUUGACUUCCGCUCGGAUGGCGCGCAAUCAACUACCAAGACACUUACACAUCCGUCAACGCCUUCGUGCCUUGUCGCACACCCUGAUUCUGCGCACCAUCUCUUAACCGGUGCUCAUGACGGGGCUUUGCGAGUUUGGGACAUCCGCUCCCCCCGGACGUCUUUAGCAAAAUUCGAGCACAUUGUAAAAGACAAAAGUGGCUCAAAUCGAAGAGGAAAGAUACUGGGCGUUGAUUGGGCACAUGGGCUGGCCACAUGCGCAGGGGAGGUCGGAUUUGGGAUUUGGAACGCGGGAGUUGGAGGCGAAGAGCAAGGCAGAGUUUGA